AUGGCCUACCUCCGUGGAGUUGGGCUAACGUCUCUAAUCGCUUGGUUGUCAACGUCAAUUGUUACCACAUGUGGGCAGGAUACUGACAAUUCACCUGGCCUGCCGAUGGUCAUUAAUACUUGGGGCGGCCCUUUUACUGCAGCUACAGAUGCGGCAUACUUGUCUCUCUUGAAGCCGGAGACAUCGGCUCUCGAUGCUGUUGAACUUGGGUGUUCUACCUGCGAGGCCAACCAGUGUGAUGGGAGUGUGGGCUAUGGCGGCUCUCCUGAUGAGAAUUGCGAGACAACUCUCGACGCAAUGAUAAUGGAUGGCACGAGCAUGAAGUCAGGAGCUGUCGCGGCUCUUCGGCGCGUCAAGGAAGCAGUCUCAGUCGCGCGGGCGGUGUUGGAACAUACAACCCAUACGCUUCUUGCUGGUGACUUCGCGACUGACUUUGCUGUCUCAAAUGGGUUUACUGUGCAAAACCUGACGACGGAAAACUCUGCCGCAUCGUGCGAGCAAUGGAAGGCCGAGAACUGCCAACCAAACUACCGCAUCAAUGUAUCUCCCGACCCAUCUAGUUCUUGUGGCCCUUACACGCCACUUGCUCUCGACUCAAACUCAGCCGCAUAUACAUCGCUAUUAGAGCCGCGAAACAAGCCCGAGGGACACGACACGAUCUCUAUGAUCGCGCUGCACUCCUCGGGCACCAUGGCAGCAGGAACCUCAACCAACGGCGCCGGCCGCAAAGUACCCGGCCGCGUCGGCGACGGCCCCAUCACGGGCAGCGGGUCCUACGUCGACGGGGAUGUUGGCGGGUGCGGCGCAACGGGUGACGGGGACAUCAUGAUGCGCUUUCUGCCCUGCUACCAGGCCGUCGAGAAUCUGCGGCAGGGUAUGAGUCCGCAGCAAGCGGCCGAGGAUGCUGUUCGGCGGAUGCUGCGGAAGUAUCCGGAUGUGCAGAGCGGUAUUGUGGUUGUGAAUAAUAAAGGCGAUCAUGGCGGUGCUGGGUCCGGCUGGACUUUCACGUAUGCGUAUCGCGGGGGCAAGAUGAAUGAGACGGUUGUGGUGAGUGUGUUGCCUAUUACUGCUGAGGUGGGUGAUUUGAGACGGUGA